UUGCUGACUGAUACAAGUCUCACUUCCAACGGCCGAUUUAUUAAAAAAAAACUCCGACAAAUGAUUCGCCGGCCGAUCUACGACUUCGCCGCCGUUUUUCGCCACUUAACUUCUCCGUUAUCGACAUCCUCGCGUUUUCUGUUCUAUUCUUCAUCUGAACAUGAAGCUCGAAAACCGAUUGUCUCGAACCCUAAAUCCCCAAUCGGGUCUCCGACUCGGGUUCAAAAGCUCAUAGCUUCGCAAUCGGAUCCUCUCCUCGCCAAGGAGAUUUUCGAUUAUGCUUCUCAACAGCCCAAUUUCCGCCAUUCUCGAUCUUCUCAUCUAAUCCUCAUUCUCAAACUCGGCCGUGGUAGAUAUUUCAAUCUUAUCGACGACGUUCUCGCCAAACACAGAUCAAGUGGUUAUCCAUUAACCGGAGAAAUUUUCACUUAUCUGAUCAAAGUCUACGCAGAAGCAAAGUUACCGGAGAAAGUCUUAAGUACGUUUUACAAAAUGCUGGAGUUCAAUUUCACGCCGCAGCCAAAACAUCUGAAUCGGAUUCUAGAUGUUCUCGUAAGCCAUAGAGGUUAUCUCCAGAAAGCUUUUGAGCUUUUCAAGAGUUCACGGCUUCAUGGAGUAAUGCCUAACACGAGAAGUUACAAUUUAUUGAUGCAAGCUUUUUGUUUGAAUGAUGAUUUGAGUAUUGCAUACCAACUGUUUGGUAAAAUGCUUGAGAGAGAUGUUGUCCCUGAUGUGGAUUCUUAUAAGAUUCUGAUACAAGGGUUUUGUAGGAAAGGUCAAGUGAAUGGUGCUAUGGAAUUACUUGAUGAUAUGUUGAAUAAAGGAUUCGUGCCUGAUAGGUUAAGUUACACGACAUUGUUGAACAGUUUGUGUAGGAAGACACAGCUUAGAGAGGCUUAUAAGCUUCUAUGUAGGAUGAAGUUAAAAGGUUGUAAUCCUGAUCUUGUUCAUUACAACACGAUGAUUCUCGGGUUUUGUAGAGAAGAUCGUGCGAUGGAUGCUAGGAAAGUUCUUGAUGAUAUGUUGUCUAACGGUUGCUCGCCUAAUUCGGUCUCGUAUAGGACUUUGAUUGGAGGAUUGUGUGAUCAAGGAAUGUUUGAUGAAGGGAAGAAGUAUCUAGAAGAGAUGAUAUCCAAAGGGUUUUCUCCUCAUUUCUCGGUUUCAAAUUGUUUGGUAAAAGGGUUUUGUAGCUUCGGGAAAGUCGAAGAAGCUUGUGAUGUUGUAGAGGUUGUGAUGAAGAACGGAGAAACAUUGCAUUCAGACACUUGGGAGAUGGUAAUUCCAUUAAUCUGUAAUGAAGAUGAGUCGGAGAAGAUCAAACUGUUUCUUGAAGAUGCUGUAAAGGAAGAAAUAACCGGUGAUACCAGAAUCGUUGAUGUCGGUAUCGGUUUAGGAUCUUACCUUUCUAGUAAGCUACAGAUGAAACGUAAAAAUGCUAGAGAGAGGAGGAGACAUUUAUAGGUUCCUCCUGAUCCUGAAAAGCUGUAGAAAGAAGAAGGAAACCUUGAGUUUGUUUACUGAGAAAGUGGUGGGCCUUAUUUGGGCUUU